AUGAACAGCUCGUCCGACAAGCGUCGCGGGGCCGGCAACACAGGCGGUUCCUCCACGCAUGUCCUGCGUACGACGGCGCCUGGGCAGGCCACCAGCUCAUCGCCUUCGGGCAAUAAUACCUCGCGAAGCAGCAUCAUCGCACCCCCGCCCCGUGCCCAACUCGGUGGGCCGUCCUCGUCGUCCUCGUCGCCCAGUCCCGAAGAGCGGACUGCCCACGCACAUGGCACCAACAAUGGCAGUUCCACGCCGAGCAGCCGGCGCGACAGCAAUGCGCCGAACACGGCAGCUCAGGCCGCUGUGGCGGCGGCUGCGGCGGCCACGCAGCUUGUCAAAGAGAAGGAUCUACGGAUCGCUGUCUUAGAGCGAGAGCUAGGCGUGAUGGAGACGGAGUUCCAGCGUGAGCUGGAUAAGCUGAGCCAGAAUGAGAGCGAGACGGCGUCGUUCUGGCAGGCCAAACACAGUGCGCUGAAUCAGCAGUUCUUGCGCACCGACACGGAAUUGCGGUUGCUACGGGCGGAGCUCGAUGUGCGUGAGGCUGAGCGCGAGGAGCUGCGGUCCGGAUGGGAGACCAUGAAGCGCGAAGUACGGGAGCGUGAUGACGAGAUUCGAGAUCUGAAGGCUCAAGUCAGGGGGCUGAAGGAGUGGGUGAGCACAAGCACCAAGGCCGAUUCAUCGACAAGCGACGAGGUCUUCGGUGACGGCAUGGCGAGACUAGGAAACGGCUUGCAGAAUUGGAUCAUUGUCAACUUUAGGAGAGCGAAGCUCGAACAAAUGAUGGCGCAGUCUUACAAGAGCUGGGGCAGCUAG